CGAGAGAAAGAGAGAGAGAGAGAGAAAGAGCGAAAGAACGAGAGAAUGGAAAGGGGAUUGUUAUGUUGGAAUGUUUGUCUGUGUGCAGAUGCAGCCUACUCGUUGUUGACUUGAUGGUGAUGAUGGAUUCUCACGUGGAACGUGGAGUUCAGGGCCCAGGGUGGUGAAUGAGAGGGGGCUUAGGCAGGUCUACGGCUCAUUUCCCCCUCCUCCCUCUACCACUACCACUAUCUACGGAGAGUGAGAGUGAAUACACGGAUGUGGAUGUCCGGAACACGGAUGUACGGUCCGUCUGUUCGUUCAUCCGCGAGUUGUCGAGAGAGAGAGAGAGAGCGGCAAGACAGACGGCUCGACAGAGAGAGACUCUACCGGGACACGUGCCACGUGUCGCCGCGAGACCGCACGGCUCGAGCACACACAAAAACGACGCGACAGGAAAUGGAAGGCCGGCUCCCCUUUUGGCCGAACCAAGAUACGGUGCCGCGCCCCAGCCAUACGGCUCCACGCCACAGGUCACUUUUCCGCCUGGCGCCGGCCACGAUCGUUACGAGGAGAACUUCAACGGGCCGGCGACGUACGCGGAGCCGUACGUCGAGCGUUACGGAAUCAAGAGCGAUUUCAGCGGCCGCGAGCCAUUACACCCUACACCACCUCGACCGGGUUACGUGCCCACCCUGGGCCAGACGCCACCUUCGAGCACGCAGGGCUCGGUCAUGAUGGUGUACGGCCUGCAACCGGACAAAGUCAAUACCGACAAGCUCUUCAACCUGUUCUGCUUGUACGGCAACGUAACGAAGGUUAAAUUCUUGAAAACGAAGGAAGGAUGCGCGAUGAUACAGAUGGGGGACAGCAUAGCCGUGGAACGAUGUUUGCAAAACCUGAAUAACGUCACAAUCGGGACGGACGGCAGGUUGCAGCUCGGCUUUUCGAAACAGGCCUUCCUUUCGGACGUCACCAACCCUUAUAUCCUACCCGACAAGACAGCGAGCUUCAAGGACUUCACGGGAAGCAAGAAUAACAGAUUCCUGAACCCCGCAAUGGCUAAUAAGAAUAGGAUACAGCCACCAUCGAAAAUAGUCCAUUUCUUCAACACCCCGCCUGAUCUAACGGAGGAAACAGUAAAUCGCGUUUUCAUAGAACGCGGCAUCGAGGCCCCGACGACGAUCAAACUGUUCCCUCUCAAAUCUGAACGAUCGUCGUCCGGUCUGAUCGAAUUCAGCAGCGUCGGUAUCGCGGUGGCUGCCAUUAUGGAGUGCAAUCACACAGCACUGGAGAACAGCAACGGCAAGUUCCCCUACAUCAUGAAGCUCUGCUUCUCGUCGUCGCGCACCAUCCCCACGAGCUUCCCGCCCAGCAGCGGCAGCGCGUCGAGCAAUUCCGCCGGUAAUGGCCACGUCAAAAUGCAGCAGGACUCGGAAUAGAACGGCGAGGUCCAGGGCCAGCAGCGUCAGCGUCAGCGCCAGCGCCCCACACUCGCCGCCCUGCACCCGUUGUGUGCCCCCGCGACGGCGGGCACGGCCCUGCACCCCGCAGCCGCAACGAUAACGUUGUCCCCGGUCCUACCGCCGCCACCGCCCGUACCGCCACCUUUGCCGCCGCCCACCUGUCUCCUAAUAGCCACCCCGACUCUCUAUCCGACCGUACCGCCACCACCUCCGCCACCGUUGCCCACUUUCUGGCCCUACUGAUGCGACGGGCCCUUCUAUCUAAACGGGUGAGCCAGCGAGAACGGACAACUUUCCUUUCCACCGGGGAGAAUAAUCGAUUUUCGCGGCGAAGGGAGAAAUCAUGCAUCUAUCGUUUUUUCAAUCGAACGCGACAUAUCGAUAGAGAAAAAAAAAACUGGUCUAUUCUCUCGUGAAACUUACUACUGAACUACCCUACGAAUAGGGGAUCUUCGCCGUCGCGGUUGGGAAAGUCGCCGAUGAUGUAUAAGUGUGUAAACUCCGCAUCUCUGGGACAGUGCCGUGGGUUCACCAGAAACAAUUCAUCGACGCGGAUCAGACACGGUAUUCUUCGGCAUCCUCGGUGGCGGUACUGGUGUUUGAAGUCGCAACGACAUCGUGCUUCGUUCCCGGAGACUCUGUAUAUAGCUUGGAGAUCGGGUGGUCUCCGGCGUGCAUACACAUAUCAAGGGCUUGGAAGUAAACCGGUACGUUUCGCGAGGAGUCACGCGCGCACGAUACUCAUUAAAGUUUCAUUUUCAAGGAAUUGAUGUCAGCUGAUGAGAAAUUAGAAUAUUUCGAGCAAACUAUUUUGUAAGAUGGACGAUUUAAAGAAGAUAGAAUCGAAGAGAAAAGGAGGAGCGUGAAAAAGUCUCUUGGAAAGUGGAAGAGAAUAACACUACGUUAACUAAGAGAUAGAUCGAAGAAGAUGGAAUGGCUUGAAGAAGCUGUUUUAGAAAGGAACAGUUCGCGGAAAGUCUAUUUCCAUGAGAAGAGGAGAAGCAGAGAGGAAAUUUGAUCCUUCUUCAGAAGGCACGUAAAAGCAUGAUCUAUCAGAAAAGAAAUGAUUGAAAGGAGAUAGCACUUUCUGAGAACGACUGGGAGAAGACGGAAAACUAUCGGGAAAUGGAUAGAUCGAACAGGGGGGCAAAAUUCUUUUUAGUGGUAGCAGAAUGGCUCGAAGACGGUCUAACUUCUUCGGAAGAGGAAUCGUCCGAGGAAGGUCGAAUCUCUCAGAAGAGGGGCAGCUGGAAGAUCGAAGACCGUCGGAGAGGCUCUUCUUGGAAGAUUGCGGGUUCGAAAAUCUGAAUCCGGAGUGCGAAAAAGUGCGAAAUUCCUCGUGGUUGCUCGCGAAGCGGACAGGUGGGCGCUGCUUCCGCGAAGCCUGGACGUAUAUAUGAUGUCUCACAACCGCGACGAGACACUCUCUCGCUCGCUCGUUCGCUCGUAUUAUUUACGGUCAACUUAUCUUAAAAUCCGCGUGCACUCGCGUGCGAGCGAUGCACGACAUUAAUUCUGAAACUGAGCUACGAUGCUCCUCGAUGACCAUAUUUUGUGGGAUCCAAUAAAAUGAAUCGGAGAUUUCUUGACGAUCACUUAUUAACCACGGGAUACAAUUUAAGAGAGUGUUCAGAAAAGAACUGAGCGACCUGCUGCAGAGUGCAGCAUCUGCUUUGAAUGUCAUUGAUACGCGCUACUCUAUCGUCGUAAUAUGCUCGGCCCGCAGCAAGCAUCGCGCAAUUUUUUUCAUCGUUUGGAGUUUAUAUUCAAAUUUUUUAACACUCAUCCGGAUAAUUUUGUUUUCUAAUUAUAAAUAACGAUUUCCUAUGGAUUACUCGUUUCAUAAAUUCUGACAGAAACAGUGUAAAAUUAUUACAUAAAGGAUUUGCCGCAGACAACGACGUAAUUCAAAGACUUUUGACAGGCAUGCAAUUUUUUUCUACGACUUUUAAACUUAUUGUUAAAAAUGCGAAAAUCGGGGCCAUAAUUGAAUUUGUAAAUAAAUAUAAACAAAGAUUCUUAUGCCAUUUUUACAUAAACAGUUUACCAUAUUAUAUUGUUUUAAAAUUAUUUAGAUUGUAAUAUUAUGGAAUACAGACAUUUGCAAAUUUUUCUUUAAUAAGAGAAUAGUAGACCAUUUUCCACAAACUUUACGUACGAGCAUGCAAUUAUUUUGAUUUCCGGAUGAGAGUUAAUUCCACGAUUGUGUAUAUAAUUAUUUUUCACAUCAAACAUUUUUGUGUUGAUGUGAAACAUUUUUAAUUACGUCUCGAUGAUUUUCGUUGCACGAGGCUUCUCGCGGGUCCUAAGCGUUAACAAUAAAGUCAUUUAGACUGUUAUCAAUUAAGAGAAA